AUGAACAAGUCUCUCCUGCUAGGGCUCCUCAUCCUGCUCUGCUGCUUCAAAGAUCUGCUCUCACUUCUGUUUCCCUACUCUCCGGGACAAAUUAUAGAAACCGUUCAAUGUAGAAUGUGCCACAUGCAGUUUCCCAAAGAGGAGUGUUCCAGAGGCAAAGGAGUGUGUGUGGCAACACUGGAAGAGGCUUGCGUAACUGGGAGAAUUUUCAAAAGUGAUGGUUCUCCCUUUUUAUCCUUUAAGGGCUGCCUAAAGAAGUGUGCUAAUGUGAACGACAUGAAAUGGAAUAACCACUCAGUGAAUUUGAGGUGUUGCAGGGGCUAUAACUUAUGUAAUGAAAACUUCUAG